CUGUACACAGGCGUUGAUCGAAAUGGAGGGUGUAAAGAAAAACGGAAAAGGCGCUAAGCGUUACGCGCGCGUCGGCGAUAUUCGUGAUUCUAACAAGGACCUGAGGCAGUUGGAGGCGGCACUGCGCGAGGCGUACGUGGCGAAGGAGUUGCGAGCUCAACUCUGCGAGGCGGAGGCUGAGCGACUCGGGGAGCGAGCUCGAGAUCGAGCUCAAGGUGAGGCGCUACGGCGGGUCGCUGAGGAGGCGGCGAGGGCGUCGGAGGCGACAGCGAGGAUCGAGAAAUCGGUGAGAAUUGGCUACGGGCUUGAGCUACGCGAGGCGGCGGCUGAGAGGGAGCGAAAGAGAAUCGCGAGCCACGAGCUCGAGCUCAGGGAGUGCCGGAUACUCGCGGAGGUUUCACGGGCCGUGGAGGAGGCUCGGGAGGCGGACAAAAUUGCGGCGAAGCUCGAGCUCGCCCAGAGAACAGCGCGCGAGCUACGUGUGUUCACUGAAAUUAAAGAGAUCCGCCGCAGUCAGGAGGCGGAGGCUGCAGCUGUGGAGCGACUCAGAGAGCUCGAGUACGUAGCGGAGGUUGAACGGAGGACCGAGGCGCUUCGCAUGGCCAGAGAUGAGCGCGAGCUCGCGCGAGCCACGGUUAUUGAGGCCGUUGCAAAGGGCCUAUUGGAGGCGCGUGACCGGAAGUUGGAGCGGGAAGAGCUUCUGGCGGAUCUUGUUGCCGAGGAGCGGUGGCUCUUGGAGGAGGCGAGGCUCCGCGAGGAAAAACAAAGGCGCAAGAGGGCCAGGGAGGAGGCUGCGGUUGAGCUCGAACGGCAUCGCGUCAUCGUCGAAGAACGGAGACUGCGCCACGCGAUCGAGGAGGAGGAAUUUGCUGCUGCUGUUAUGCGUCGAGUCAUGGAGGACAACAGGGUUCAGAGACUCACCGCUGAGGCUAGGAGACGAAUCCAGAUCGAGUAUCGGCGCGGUCUUGAGCUCGUCAUCGAAGAGCGUAGAGCCAGGCGAGCUCAGGAGGUGCUCAGGCUUCAAGAAGAACUUCGACUAGAAAGGGCGCGCAAUGCUGCCAUUGAGAAAGGCGUCAAGGAAAUGCGUCGGAUGCUGCUUAAUCGUCACGCCGGAAACGUUGCCGAGUUUAUUGCCGCCGGAGCGUUGAGCUCGGAUGAACGCGCCGUCGUCGCCGCGAUCAUUGACACUCGCCCAAAAGACGGAGCUCAGAAGUCUGGAGUUCGAGCUGAUUGAAGAUCUCGUAUUGUUAU